AUGUCCGCUCAAGCAGUCCUGGCACCUGCGCCUCCGGCGACCAAGAUUGAGAAGAAGCCCGUCAAGUUCAGCAACCUGCUGCUCGGUGCUGGUCUCAACAUGUUCGAAGUCACUACCCUGGGACAACCGUUGGAAGUUAUCAAGACCACCAUGGCUGCUCACCGAACUGACACGUUCGCUGGGGCCAUGUCGAGGAUAUGGGGACGCGGUGGUGUUUUUGGAUUCUACCAAGGUCUGAUUCCAUGGGCAUGGAUCGAAGCUUCCACCAAGGGUGCCGUUUUGCUCUUCGUCGCCUCGGAGGCCGAGUACUACGCAAAGACCUUUGGUGCCAAUAACUUCGUCGCCGGUAUCUCAGGCGGCAUGGUCGGCGGUAUGGCCCAAGCCUACGCAACCAUGGGUUUCUGCACGUGUAUGAAAACCGUGGAAAUCACCCAGCACAAACUCGCAGCGCAGGGUGUGAAACCCCCGUCUACCUUCCAGACUUUUGCAGACAUCUACAAGAAGGAGGGCAUCAGGGGUAUCAACAAGGGUGUCAACGCAGUCGCCAUCCGUCAAGUCACCAACUGGGGUUCACGUUUCGGUCUUUCCAGACUCGCCGAGACCGGCAUCCGGAGAGUCACUGGCAAGGAGCACGGCGAGAAGCUGAAUGCGGCAGAGAAGAUUCUUGCCAGCGGCCUCGGCGGUGGUUUGUCUGCCUGGAACCAGCCCAUUGAAGUCAUCCGAGUCGAAAUGCAAAGCAAGUCCAACGACCCCAACCGACCGAAGAACUUGACCGUCGGGAAGACCUUGAACUACAUCUACAGCACCAACGGCCUCAAAGGUCUCUACCGCGGUGUUACUCCCCGCAUCGGUUUGGGUAUCUGGCAGACAAUCUGCAUGGUUGCCUUGGGUGAUAUUGCCAAAGAAGCCGUCGAGAGACUCACUGGCGAAAAGGUCACCGCGAAGCACUAG